CCCCUGCGAUUCUCCCGCAGCGCACACUAAAUUGAAUGAGAACAGAGCACGAACAGAGGUUUUGUGAUCAGCAAUCAUGGGCGUUUCCAAGGUUCUCGCUGACCUCCGGCCUCGCCGUGCCUCCAGCGUCGAUCCUCCAGUGAGCCCCGUCGUCGGAAUCCUCGCUUUCGAAGCUGCAGCUGCCAUGUCGCGCCUCGUCUCCCUACAUCGCUCUCUCGCCGACAACGAGGUCCGCCGCCUGCGCGCCGACAUGAGGUCUGCCGGCGUCGGCUACCUGACCUCCAAAGACCAGACCUUUCUUCUCCGCCUCUCUUGCGGGGAGGUGAUCUCCGAGCUAGACAUGGCCGCCGCCACCGUUUCCCGCCUUGGCCCCAAGUGCCGCGACCCCUUGCUCCACGGCUUCGACCGGAUAUACGCCGACCUCAAGGCCGGAUCCGGCAGUGUUAAGGUGUUCCUCCGCGAGUCCCGUUCCGCCGCCGACCUCGAUCGCCUCAGCCUCGGCUCGACCGCGAAGCGGGUGGAGAAGCGGGUCAAGAAGAUGGAGAGGUACGUGGCGGCGACGUCGACUCUCUACGCGGAGAUGGAGGUGCUCAGUCAGCUGGAGGCGUCGAAGAAGCGGAUUGAGCUGCUGCAGCAGCAGCAUUGGCGUCGGCAUAGUGGUCCAAUUCCGGUGCCAAAGCCGCCUGGCGUACCUCCGCCGUCUGGCGUGCCUCCGCCACCAAAUCCGAUCCAUUUGGAGCUCCGUGCGCAGCGCCACGCGAUCCGUCGGCUCAAGGAAGAAUCUUUGUGGAACAAGACCUACGACAAGGCGGUGGAGCUCAUGGUCCGCGCCGUCGUCACCGUCUUCGCAAGGAUUUGCCACGUCUUCGGCCCCUGCGUCCUCGGUUUGCCUCCCAGCCGCCACCAAAUCCAUCAAUUCAACCUCAAUCACCCCGGAAAGCACACCUCCGGGCCGUUAGAUCGGCAGGUUGUGCCGAAGCACGUGCCAUCGCUGAGGAACUCAGCUCCGAUAUUGAGUGUGGCAUCCAAUGACGCGCUCAAAUUGACGCCCUUCGAACGUUUGAGCAAAUUGCUGAAAGAAGCCCCGCCCAACACCGUCGGCGGAUCAGGGCUGGCCUUGCGGCACGCCAACUUAAUAUUGGCGGCGGAGAGGUUGUAUCAAGAACGACAACAAAUGGCGCCGGAGGUGGAAGAACAGGAGGUGGAUAAGAAUGCAGCGGCGGCGGCGAGAGAGGAAUUGUUCCAGAUGAUGCCGUCCGGGAUGCGGGCGGCGGUGACGGCCAAGCUGAGGGAGUGCUGGCGGAGGGAGGGCCGGAAGUCGUCGGGGGACGCGUCGAUGGCGGAGGGGUGGAAGGAGGCGGUGGCGGCGAUCCUGGUCUGGCUGGGUCCGGUGGCACACGACACGGUGCGUUGGCAGGAGGAACGCAACAUGGAGAGGGAGAGGCGAUUCUACACCCGACCGCGAGUGCUGCUGCUGCAGACGCUGCACUUCGCCGACGUGGAGAAGACGGAGGCGGCCAUCGUCGAGGUGCUCGUCGGGUUGAGUUGCAUGUCAUGGUAUAUAUGAGGAACGUGGAUGGGCGUAGAUCAAUCAAAGUUUAGGGUAGAAAUCAAACAAUACAGUAUAGAGAACUUUAUACUCGGAUUAAAGAUCAAUCAAUUUCUUUUCUUUUCUUUUCUUUUUUUUUCUUUUUGUUUUCCUACAGGAAUUUACAUCUACUAUGUUAUAGACUAUGAACCAUUGAAUAUUCUUGUUUAUAUGUCUAUUUAUGUUUA